AGGAUCAGGGGCUCCGGUAGGGGCCUUACAACUCCACUGAAGCGGGGAUCCCAGGCAGGAUCAUGAGACAUAGGCAGAAGGGAUUAGGACAGUCGGGAUAGUCCACAACUGAAGCCUGACUGCACUGAACAGUGUCACCGAUUACUGAGAGGACUGCCAAAGACUGGGAUAUUGCUGUCUUAUCAAGGGACCAAGCUUACUUGAACAGCAAUAAUGGAAGUACAUCAUUCUUUUCAUUCCCCUAAAGUAUUCAAAUAUGGUUUUGUGCGGACAGACCUGUGAUGUAUGGAAUUGGACAGCUAUAAGACUGUAUGUAUUCAGGGGUGCUUGAAACUGGAUUCACUGAGGGUCAAGUGAUUAUAUAAGUGUGGAUCCGGAAUGUGUGUUUCAAUGGUGUAACCCACAUUGACACUCGUUUAUAGCAGAGUGCAUUCCAUGCAUGACAUCAGUAAGACUAGAAUCUGUCAAGGGGCCUGUUGAAGUCGUCUGUCAGCAAUAGCAGUGAAGUUUUUAGUUGUAAAAGUCUGCAAUAGCCCUGAUCAGCUGCCUGGGCUUAAAGUCUGUGUCAGCGUAGUCAUAGUGAGAGAGGUGUGCCCUGAUUGUCUCAUCAAAAUGUACAAAGCUUUCCUGUAAAGUAAAAAUGGCCUUACUUGAUUCAGCUGACUUUACAGAGUUUGUAACGGCUGGAUAAUUGUUUUCAAGAGGUGACUAGCUGGGGAAAAGUUGCCUGGACAGUGUGUUGUGUGAUCCCCCCUGUUGUGGACUAUACUGCUGAUAGAUUGGAUACAUUGGAUGAUACCCAAACCUUUCCACAAUUCAGAAGAGGAUUUUGUUUUGAAUCGAUAACAAGGUUUUCAUAGCAGGAAGGGAUAUCCCUGUGACAGGACUAACCACUUGCUCUGCCAGAUAAUGCAGAGUCUAUAAAAGGAAUUACAGAUAUUUAUUACACAAGAUAACGCGUCCCUUAUUUUGUGUGACACUUGGCUAAUGUGGGACACAAGUUAAGGAAGGUGUUUGUGAAAGAUGUGGAGUGGUUUUAAUAGAAAAGUUGUGUCAUGAGAAUGUGGGUGUUUGUGUCAUCUCUUCUGACAACUGUUCAAGCAUUGGAGGAAAACAUAGCAUGUCAACACAAGUAGAUGUUUGACUUCAAAUUGGAUCAAGUAAUUGACGUAAUAUGCAUCAACUGGCAAACACAAGAGCUUGUUCAGCUUAAGAACAGGUUAUGAUUAUCAACAAUAUUCAGGUUUACGUAUGUGAUUACUCCAGAUACAGCCAUUGUUAACAUACCUAAGGAUUACUGUGUAAGAAUAUACCAUCCAGGUGUCGAAGGUUGUACUGCUCAGUUUGAAGCAAGUGGGCAAAGGGAUUGAUUGUAUGGUAAGAAAAUAUAAUUUUUGGGUAUAUAGAAACAUUUUAGAGAGGAUCUUGUGGUGUCCCCACUUAAACUGAUGGUGGUCACAGAGAUGGUGGUGUUUAUGGCGAGUCCAUUUGAGCGUGGAUCACAGGCUUUUAGGAAGGAGCAAGUGUUCCAGCUUGUCCGAUCCAGAAGUGUCAGACACUCUGUAAAAACUGGCAGUGGUGAAAUUGUGACGACUCAAAAUGGAGUUCAGCCCGAGUCUGCUGGGAAGAGAGGAGACACAAAGCCGGAAAACAGUGUGGUGCAGGAGAAAAUUUCACCAAGAAGGGUUGCUAAUGGUUCAGUCCAGACUGGUCUUUAUUCUCGAAGUAGGCAUAAAAGCUUCGAGCAUUUACCCACCUCCCAAACUGUGCAUGAUGAUUAUAAGGUCCUACAGUCUUCCAGUUCUGUAGAUUCUGAAUUAGAUAAAACAGAUUCAUCAGAACAAUCUGAUAAGAAAGUUUUACCAAUGAUACUUAAAAAGAAAAUCAAAGUUAUACGAGGGAAAAAGGGCUUUAGAAUAAUUUCAGGUGACAAGGGACGUUCAUCUAUUAGUGCUCAAAGACGCUCCUUAUUAAGUGCUAAUGAAGAAGUGCUCACACAAAGUGCUCAAAGCAGACCUGAAUCAACAGUCUCUGUAUCUGAUCUCACUCAUAGCCAUGACAAGUCUGUUGCUCGACGUAGUAGUGAUCAUCCACAUGUGCCAAAAACUACAACAGAAGUUGAUAAAGGAAAAGGAACCAAGUCACGAGUUUCAUGGUUGGACCAGGAAAAACAUCCUCAAUUCCAGGCAAAGCUAUUGGCUGAGCAUCUUCCUCAGUCAAAUGUUUUGCCAAAGAAAGACAAGGUGAAAAAGUCAGUUAAAUUUCAGCUAGACAAAAUAGAAAGUGAUCAGUUAAAAUACAUUGGAGAUAAAGUGUGUGUUGGACAGAGUGAUAGUGAACUGAUGCAAGUUCCCCGGGAAACAGGGUUCCAGCUGAUAGGGGUUCAGAGAGAUUCUUCAGUGGAGAGAUUGAAGAGAGAUGUAGAGAACCGACUACAUGUGGAUGGAAAGACCCAUUCUGAUGGAGGUGAAAAGAAGGAAAAUAGUUUCACUGUGAAGCCUGUUGGAACAUCCCAAAGAUUGCUCAGAUCUGGUGCCUCUUUUUCUGGUGUUACAAAACAGUCUCUAACAAAGGAGAAGGUAGUUUCAGGAUUUGUGCGUAGGAACAGCAUCAAAUCCCUUCAACCAGCCGAGCAUCAGGACAGCAAGCUGGUUGUACGAAGAUGUGUUAUUGGAGGUGCCCUUACAUUCAGAGUUGUUCAGCUUCCACCUGCAUAUGAAGGAUCUAAUGGGAAUGGUUAUGCUGAUGGACAUGGGCUGGUUACCAUCAGGAUGACACCAGACGACUUGGGCAGGUUCGGCUUCAAUGUCAAGGGAGGUGCUGACCAAGGCAUGCCCAUCAUUGUGUCCCGGGUUGCCCCGGGCACGCCUGCGGAUAUCGCCAUACCUAGACUCAAUGAGGGAGACCAGGUUCUCUUCAUCAACGGCAGAGAUGUCUCACAACAUACACAUGAACAGGUGGUGAUGUUUAUCAAAGCUUCUCGAGAAACUCACUCUGGAGAGCUGGUGCUGGUUGUCAGACCAAAUGUGUAUGUGGGGGAGGACCAGUCGGAGGAACCUGACUUCACCUACAUCCCAGAGACCCACCAGAUAGCCAGCUCCUCCUCCAGCGCCAACACACUCGAGUCCUCACUCAUGCUGCUGCAGGAGAGCCUGGAGAGUGGGGCUGCACUGGCACAGUUCGAGCAAUUGUACAGGAAAAAGCCUAAUAUGACCAUGAAUGCUGCUCGGAAUGAAAGUAACAUCCCCAAGAACAGAUACAGGGAUAUUUCACCAUAUGACAAGACGCGAGUUGUAUUGAAAACGGGGACAUCAGGGGACUAUAUAAAUGCUAACUAUGUCAAUAUGGAGAUCCCGGGUUCUGGGAUUGUCAACCGGUACAUCGCAGCUCAGGGGCCUCUCCCAAACACCUGUACAGAUUUCUGGCAGAUGGUGUGGGAGCAGCACUCCUCACUGGUUGUGAUGCUCACUACCAAGGUGGAGCGAGGACGGGUCAAGUGUCAUCAGUAUUGGCCAGAGCUGUAUGAGACAGAGGACUUUGGUGCAUUACAGAUCACAUGUGUGAAGGAAGAGGAGACUCCUUCAUUUGCAUUCCGCGAGUUUAACCUUACACAUGUAGAAACCAGUGAAGAGAGACAUAUCCGACACAUGCAGUAUAUAGCAUGGCCGGACCAUGGGGUCCCUGAUGACCCAAGUGAUUUCCUGGAAUUCGUCAUGAAAGUGCGACAGAACAGAUCUGGCAUGGUAGAACCGACGAUAGUGCACUGCAGUGCUGGUAUUGGCCGUACAGGCGUGCUGAUCACCAUGGAGACUGCGAUGUGUCGUGUGGAGGCCCGCCAACCUGUCUACCCUCUCAUUGUUGUGAAAGAGAUGAGAGACCAGAGGGCGAUGUUGAUUCAAACAGCUAGUCAAUACAAGUUUGUCUGUGAAGCAAUCCUCCGGGUAUAUAAUGAAGGCCUGGUAAAGCCAUCAGAGGACUAUCAUAGGUGAGGCUGGAACAGUGUUUGUGUGGACAGUUGGAUACUAUUAUUGGCUGGUGUGCUGUGUGAACAGGCAGAAGGUUGGAGAGUGAGAGAAGAAAUCGGUUCUGAGGUGUUGUGUGUUGGAUGUGACUGUCACGUGGUCACUGCACUGCCUGAACUUUCGAUUGCAACAGAAGUCGUUGAGGAGCAGACACUUGAGGGUGAACUGAAACAUAUUAUUUUUGUACAAAAAUGGUGAUUUUGUAAACAAAAAAGUGCUCAAAGAUGCCAUUGCCUUGUUAUAUGAAAGGUAACUUAAAAUCACCAAAAGGCCAGUGUAUUGUUUUACUUUGGGGUGUUUUCUGAGUGAUUCUUACAUAUCAGGAGUCUACCCUUGUCAUUAGCAGACAUGUUUGUUGUAGCAGAUAAGACGUACAGCCUGCUCACAGGGCAAGGAUGUACCUGUAACAUAUCAAAGUUGUACCACAGUAUAGGGAGACCACUCAUGUAUGCUGCACCACAGCUUCGGUAACCAGAUGAGGAGUCAAACAGUGUAUCUCCACAAACUUUGAAUUACCACACAAUGCGAGCUCAGCAAAGGGAGGCACCUCCUGUAAUUCAUCCUCAUCAUUCCUGCCGUACUGUCAGUCAGCUCCUUGCUCAAAGACUACUGGUGAAUGUUGCCUAGUAUAGAUUGAAGCUUGACUUUCACAGACCAAGUUGGUAAUGUACAAGGUAGGACAAGAAGCAUCUCCCAGACAAUGUAUCCCCUUCAACAAUGGACACCAAGGCAUCAAUAAGUACCACAGAGUAGUUGUGUGCAAACAGAUUGCAGCAUUGCCAUACAUCGUCCAGUGUGACAUGCCUGCUGCAUGGGAAGGGAGCUUCAUGACAUAUGCCAAUGUUGAGUGCAGCACGGAACAGACCCUGCAUUUGCAAACCUGACUGCCUUUACAACAUCGUUGUUGUCGUACGUUGUUCAUACAAGUAUUGAUGGAUGUGUAACAACUGGAAUGAUUGCCUCAUGCUACCAGAGCAUCUUAGUUGGAUUACUGUACCUGAAUGGAUGCUGCUCACGGUGUAUGCUUUAGUCUCUUUCUGGUUUAUUCUGGCCUGCUUUACAUGAAGCCUUCAGCCAUUUCCCAUAUUUCCCUGAAUGUAACUAUGGGAAUGUCGAGUACUGAACUUCAGUCAACUGAAUUGUUAUUCAUAGUGGAGACGGAGCAUCUACAAGCAUUUUACUGUGUACUUCUACGAAGAAAGUGUUUUUAUGUGUGCCCAGCUUGCUGCCAUGUGCAGAAGUGUGGGUAUUGUUGUAGGUGGAUGGAUGAAUGACGAUGUGUAGAUUGAAUCACUGGGACGUUUAUCUGUCAUUGUAUAUAGAGUCAAGAGAGAAUAUUUUAAAUUUGAAGUAUUUAUACAUUUUGAUGUAAGGAGAGAUGUGUUUUCUACCAUAUUCAGCAAUAGAUUUCUAGGAGGGGGACAGGCUUUGCGCCAUAUCCUGUCUCCCACCCUGGUUUUAAUCACUUGGUGUGAUGUAUGUCAUUUGUUCCUAUUCUGCUAGUACUGGUACCCCUAUGGCACCACAAGGACUUCAAUCCAGUCAGUGGAUAUGAGUGACUUGUAGGCACUAUCAAUAAUAUUUAGAGAUGAAAAACUACAAUGUCUACUGUCUUUAUAAGUACACUAAUUUGUAUUCCUUAUCAUUAAAAUGAUAAAAAUGACAAUAUAACAGUCAAGAUGCCAUGGGUGUACCAGCAUAUUCCUUGCUUAAUUAGCUUCAGGCAUGCCUAGUUGACAAUCAUGCCGUAAGAUCAACACUCAGCUCAAGAAUGUUUUGUAUGUUUAAUUCCACCCUCUGUUUCAACAUUUUGGGUCAAAUUAGAAUUGUGAAAUUUCUCAGUUGGUCUAAGGUACUACUGAAACAAAGUGUGUAUGAAGUAUAGUGUUUGUGCCAUGGUGUAUCAGGACAUCUUAAUCAUCAAGCAUACUGUGCAUUGACAAGCUUUUUACACUAAACAGACUCUGUACAAGAGUUUGAAUACUGAUUUGCAAAAUGUUUUCAAAUUUCCAUUGCUGUUUUCAACAACGUAACAACAGAAAUUGACAGGAUGGUUGUAAAUCUGAAACAUUAAGAUAUUUUUAGUAUAUGAAAAUACAUUUCUGUCUGUUUCUACCACUCAUAUGUAUUUCUAAUACAUUGAUUGUUUGCUUGGCUGUUAAAGAGUUACCUAGAGUGUUGGUCAGUGACCUAGGCUGCUGUAUGCUAGACUGUCUGCCUGAUGACAUUCCUCUGUUGUCUGGCUGUGUAUCAUAACUACCAGAAAAUAGUAAAGGAAACUUGUAUUUAUGAACGAUUGCAUUUGUUGAAGUCAAGCUGAACUAGUAUGUGUAGCAGCGACUCUGUUGCUUGUUUCUCUGCAGCUGUGUAACAUGUUAAUACUGGAUAAUUUAUUGUGUAUCUGCCGGCUGGCUGGCUGGCUGUCUGCAUGCAUGGAGGGAGGGACGGACGGGAGGGGGAGGUCUUGUAACAAUGGUGCCAUCCAUACUAAACUUAUUCAAAAUGUAACCAAAAUUAUUUUAGCAGUCAGUCUUGACAGAAAUAUGAAGCUGGAACUGACUUUAGUAUAUUUUCACAUUUCGAUUUAAAUCAUGAAUUUGUCAGAUUAUUCCAUGUUGAACAUAAUAUACUGAGAGAAGCAAAUAAAGGAACACAGGAAAAUUCAAGCGUUCCUUUAAUAUUUUCCAGUGUUCAUCACCAGCUUUGAAUAGCGCUGUGGGAGGAAAUCAGAGAUUAGAUAAAGGAACACAGCCAUGAAGUGGUGUUCCCUUAUUUAUUUCCCUCAGUAUAUUCUGGCCAAACAGUUGAUUGUUCCACAUCGGAUAAGGACUGAUUUAGGUGUAGCAUACUUUGAUUAUACAUGAUACCUUCAAGUGCAAUGACUGCAAAAUGACUUUGUGACUAACAGCAUGUAUAGAUGGCCUCAACAGUUGUGAUAUUGUGCUCAGAGGUGUAGGGAAGUUGGAGUUACUUCUCUCUUUAUUAUAGUUGUACUUAAUGAAAAUCUUAAUCUAAUCAUAUUCUAUCGAGUUUGUUGAGGGGAGACAAAUAUGUUAUAACACUGCUGUUACUUUUUAAACUGUGUGGAAGUUGUUUUUUUAAAUGAUAUUGUGAGAAACUCAACAUUGAAAACUACCAGAAUAAUUGUUCUGUCAGUGAGACAAGUUGCACGAAUCUUUUUACAGCUUAAACUUGUCAAAAUGAUAAGUUACCACAUUUUCUUUU